CUGAUUUAUUCUCGGGAUUUAGCGCCUUCUUGUUGGAGAUAGUUAGCAACACUGUCUACUAUCGUCCUCCAUCUUUCUUUUGGUUAAGUCUUCCGCUUCCGUUGACAGUUCUUUAGGUAAAGUUCUCUGAAAAUGAAGGCGAAAGGAGAGUUGAAGGAAUUCGAGGUCAUAGGCCGCAAGCUCCCUUCGGAGAGCGAGCCGAAGCCUCCACUAUACAAAAUGAGAAUUUUCUCUCCUGACCCUAUUGUAGCCAAGUCCCGAUUUUGGUACUUCUUGCGACAACUGAAGAAGUUCAAGAAGACUACUGGUGAAAUUGUUUCUAUCAAGGAAAUCCCAGAGAAGAGCCCCGUCAAGAUCAAGAACUUUGGUAUCUGGUUGCGCUAUGAGUCUCGGUCGGGAGUUCACAACAUGUACCGCGAGUACCGUGACCUCAGUGUCGGUGGCGCAGUCACACAGUGCUACAGGGACAUGGGGGCAAGGCACAGGGCACGUGCUCACUCUAUCCAGAUCAUCAAAGUGGAAGUAAUCAAGGCGUCCGCAUGCCGCCGGCCGCAAGUGAAACAGUUCCACAACAGUCACAUCCGUUUCCCAUUGCCGAAACGCGUGCACCACCACAAGCGCCUCAACACGUUCGCUUACAAGAGGCCAAGCACAUAUUUCCUGUAAUUUUAUGAGGUUUACCAUUAAAAUCCAUGUAAAAUGGA